AUGUCAUCGGCCACACAAUUAGGGAUCUCGGAGAGGGAGUAUGAAGAAGCCCUCGCGGUGGAAAAGCUCUUUUUCUUGUCGUCUAGAGAAAGAUGCAAUUACUGUAGUAGCGGAAAGCCGACCUUCGUUGAUACGUACAAUUACGAAUUUAUAUGCGAUAGAUGCUCAUUCAGAAGUAAACACAAAAAAAGAAUCGGUGAAGACUCCAUCAGCUUCUAUGAUGUGCAAAAGUUAGAGAAAAAAUUUGGAGUAGCAUCUUCCUCAAAUUAUAAUAGCCGCAGUAAUCAUCGCCGAAAAUCUAGUAGCGGCCAUCAUCACCACCACCAUCGUGAUCACAGUAAUGAGAAGAAGUCCAAGUCGAAAAGUAGACACACUUCAGGGAAGAAGCAUAUCGAUGUUGUGUCAGAUGAUAACAGCUCUUCUUACGAUUAUGAAGAAAAAAUAAGAAAAGGAAAAAAAAAAAAAAAAGAUAAAGAAAAGGACAGAAGCGGGGCAGAUCGAGACAGAGAUAGAAGAAAAGACAAACAUAACAAAGAUAAAUAUAGGAAGAAAAAAAAAUAUGAUGACUCGGAUGAAGAUUUUGAUGAUGACUUUUGUCUUAACGAUUAUGAUCAUACCACCCCUGGAAUGAUAGGAAUUAUGAAUUCCAAUAAUAUUAACAACUCAGAUUAUAAAAGCAACAAUAUGGACAGUAGCUUCCAAGACUUUGAUGGGAGCCACAUAAGUUAUAAUCAACUAGGGGAGGGUAGUUUUAACGACUUUGGCCCACCGAACGGAAUGAACCAUGGAGGCAUCAACCAAGGCGGUAUGAACCAAAGCGGCCUGAGUCAUGCGGACCACCCCUUCGACUCGCCCCACUUUGCGAAAGACAAUUACAAUUCAAAGUACAUGAAUUCGCCAAACGCCGAAAUGGUGAAUGCCGCGAACAAUCAGUUAUGCUUGGACGACUUUAACUCCCACCAUUUUAAUAACAAAAUGGGUUACUCUAACAAUUUUAAUAUGAAGAUGAAUGAGGAGGGGGAGAUGGGCAAAAUGAAGUAUGGCAACGGUGGCCAGGCGAACGGGGGCCUUACCAACAACCGCGCAGGCAACAACCACCUUGGUCACAACCACUCCAGUAACAACCACCACGGUAACAACAAAAGCAGCAACAGUAACAAGAUAAACAUGCACUCGUACGAUCCCUUCGACAAUAACGUCAGGACCGGCGCUGACAAAAACCGAUACAACAAUGGGGCUGUGGAAAACUUAAACUAUUUUAACGGUUCAAACUUCCCAAACAACCAGCAGGGCAGUAUGACCAAUAGACUCUUCCUGAUGAAUAAAAGAAAUUCUUUAAACCACAACUACAGCCAACAGAAUAGCAACGCCAGUUCCAUGUACAGUCAUUUUGCAACCAAACAGAAUCCAUACAUGAUGAAUAACCAGAAUAUGAUUAAUGCUAAGAUGCUUUACGACAACAACAUGAAUAGUUCUAAAAAUAAAAACUUUCACAGUAAUAACCCUAACUCGCCAUUUAUGUUAAAUGGUGGCAUAAGUGGUGGCACAAUUAGCAACGCAAAUAAUGGAAACAGCGGCCAGGGUUCACACAGCAACAACAUGAACAAUGCAAUGGCAUACUGUAACCAGGGCAAUUUAAAUGAUAGGACAAAGUGGCACGACAAUGGUAGCAGCAAUAAUAACGCCAUUAACAGCUCCAACGGUGGGGGUGGUGUUAACCCUAGUAGCAAUAAUAAUGGCGGUUCCAACAGCGCAGAUUUUUCCCCCGUCAUUGUAUCCGAUAAAAAUCCAUUUUCUCUUCAGAAUAUUAUUUCGAACAAGAAGUCCCCUAAUUAUAUGAACACCACGACGGACGAGAUGAAUAGGUACAUGUAUAAGUAG